ACGUCGGUGGGCGAGUUCUCUUGCGCUACAGUAUAAACGCAAAGUGACGAUAUAACGAAGCUGUAAUCUACACAACUUUAUUUCCAUGCUCCGCCAGCACGUGGUACAUGACAAAACUGUUUUCGCUAUACAUUGUCGUUGGGCUGGAACUGUAAUUGUUCGAGGUGCUAUAUUACUAGGAGGGUGGCGGCGUCACCUUUUUGGUCGUCCAUCUUGAAACGAGUGAGAUGUAGCGCGGACAGGGGACACGGGGACUGUGGCAAAGUGCACAGUCAGGCACACACGCUUAGCCGGCCGGGAGCCACCCCCUUCGUGUUGCGUGCAUUGCCUUCUGGAAGAAACAUUCAUUCGUGCACCGCGCCCUGACGUAUCUACACGGUGUCAGAAGUGGUGCAUUAGUGACCUAGUAACGCAACCCACGGCCGAAGAACGAUUGCGCAGCCGUCCAACACGGGAGGCUCCAAGUUACAUCGGACCAGCGCCGCGGCGAAAGACGAGCAGCAACUUCGUUCGCAGUCGCUAUGCUUUUGCCACCCCCAAGAGCCCUAGACACAACGGGAGACGUUUGGCAGAACUGGAAGGCAUAACAGCAGGAUUUCGAGCUCUUCGCAACAGCAACGUGUCUGGAACAGAAGACGAAAGAGGUGCAGACAGCCACUUUUCUCAUCAGCAUGAGAGAGGACGCGCGCAAUACGUACAACACUUGAACGUACAAGCAUUUGAAGCCGGAAAAGAAAAAAAGCGACGUUGAAGUACUGAAGCGAAAGUUUGAAGCUCUAUCCUAGCGUAGUAUGGAGUUUCGGUUUGGAAAGCGUGACGACAAAGAAUAACAUUUUAACGACUGGCUGACUGAGCUGCGUGUGCUUGCAAAGAGCUGUGAAAUCGGGGAGUUGGAAGAACGCAGGCUAAGAAGCAGAAUCAUUCUAGGAGUUAGAGACAAGAAACUUCAGGGAAAGACUUCUUUCAGAAAAUGCUUCUUUUGCCAAAACUGUUGACAUGCGCCGAGCUCGGGAACACGGUAAAGAGCAAAGCGAAGGAAUUGAGUCUCGCAUGAAGGGUAGAAGUCGACGCCGUUAGUAGGUGUUGUAGCAUGCAAAAAUCUACAAAGACCGGGAAGCAGGCCCUGCAAAGGGACGCACAGCGUAAAAUCCGGCAAAACCAGGAGCGUAAGUCUUGCUGCGAAAGAACAAUAAGUGGCAUUACUCGAAGGCAAUGCAGACAGACAGGCAGAAGAUUUCUGGUUGGAAACGUUAUUACAAACCAGCCAAAAUGAUUAUCGCUGUACUGCAAUAGUAAAAAUGGAAGAAACGUCCGUUGUCGACAAGCUCGAUACAGGCAGGAACUGCUCAGUCAUAUCACGCAGUCAUCUGCAGAAGAUAAAGCGAAAGCAGCUCACAAACUACGCCGCCGUUCUAAACACGAUUCCUUGGCUUUCAGAAAAAAAGCAACCAAAUAUAUUUGCAUUCAUGUGACCAGCCCUGAGGGAACGUUUGAAACGGAAUUCUUCGUAGUGGAAGACGACGUAUCCGUGACUCUAAGCCCUCUAAGCGGCUAAGUCACAGAGAAGCUGGACUUGGUUCGUCGAAUUGCUUCACUGGAACAACAACAUUCUUACGACGUAGUGAAGCCUUAUGAUGUUUUCACCGGAGCUUCACAGGCGAACUCAAGUGUGUCAUCUACCACCUGAAGCUCAAACCAGGUUCCCAAGGAGUGGUCAAGUCAGCAAGCAGGAUCCCGUUAGCAAUCUAGGCCACAGUAAAGUGGGAACUGGACCGCAUGGAAGCCGACGGAGUAGUUUUCAAAGUGACGGAGCCAACAGAACGGUCCAGCUACAUGGUUAUCGUCAUAAAAAGAAGGUACAGAUAUGUCUUGAUCAACCGGAUUUUAACAAAGCACUGUUGAGGGAGCAUUAUCCUGUGCCAAAACUAGGAGACAGUGCACCGUCUCUGAGCGGAGCACAGUACUUUUCGACUUUGGAUGCUGAUACAGGAUUUUGGCAGAUAAAACUGGGUGAAGAAAGAACCGCAAUUUGCACGAUGAGCACUCCGUUCGGUCGUUAGAUUCCUACGUAUGCCGUUCGGUAUUUAUUCGGCUCUGGAAAUAUUUCAGCGCGCCAUGUACAACGUACUAAAGGGUCUUACAAGGGCAGCAGUUGUUAUAGACGACAUUCUAUUCUGGGGUCAGACUAAAGAAGACCAUGAGAAAAACAUUGUAAACGUGCUGUGAAAAUGCCAAGAGCACAACUUGAAACUAAACCGCAAGAAAUAUAUUUUCUUACAGGAAGCUGUCAAGUACCUUGGGCAAGUCUUAACGCGAGGCGGGUUGAGCCUGGAUCCAGGGAGGCUGGAAGACAUCCUUCACGUCGAGGUGCCUUGCAAUUGGGAUGAGCUACAGACACUCUUAGAGCGUCUGUUUUAGAUGUGACGGCGCGGUCGGACAUACUGAAACAAUCGCUGAAAAACAGUGCUCAUGCAUUGAAUGCGGCACCACAACAGGAGAAACCGCCAGCCAGGAAGCCAGAAGACCGCCGUAGUGGACACCAAGGCCGCGAUGGAAAGCACAUCGGACGAUUCAAGCACGAAGGCCGCAGAACAAGGUGGCCACCCCCCUGCCCGCGAGAACAAAAACCUCGACACUCCGGUUCUUUUGACCCCGCAGUACUAUGCGCAUAAUAACGGCUUCCAGAGGAAGUUCAGCAACUGGGUUCUGGACUUCUGCCAGGCCCUGUUUCGCCGAGAGACCGACGAGACGCAGCAGUUCCUGGACCUCGGCUGCGGCACUGGAGACUUCACGCGGGAGUGCCUCCUUCCUCGAUGCCUGCCAUGCCGGAGGAUGGUGGCCGUGGACCUGUCGGCGGACAUGAUCGACUACGCCAGGAGUCAUUGGGUCCACGAUGCACUGGAAUUCAGAAAGCUGGACAUCACUGUCGACGAACACGUCGCGGAUCUCCUAGGCGAGUAUGGUGCUUUCGACAGGGUCUACUCCUUCCACUGCCUGCACUGGGCGCUCAAUCAGCCGGCUGCUUUGAAGAACGUGGCUCGGCUCCUGAAGCCUGGAGGGGAGUGUCUCCUGGUAUUCCAUGCUUCCCUCCAAGCCAUGGACGUCUGCCGCAACAUCACCAAAAUUGAGCGGUGGAGCAAGUACGCACCGGUGGUCGACCGCUUCGUUCCAGCAACGCAAGACAUGGACGACUGCGAACGCAUCGAAUACGCUUCAAAACUCCUCAAAGAAGCUGGUCUAUCGCCGAGUAUCCUGGAGCUGCCGCGCUGCACAGUUUUUGAUGGCUGCAGCUUGGAUACACUCCUCGGUGUAUAUAUUACCCUAAACCCGGUCGCCGACAUCCUUCCUGACGAGGAGAAAAUGGCGGCAGUCAAGGACACUGUAGAGCUCAUCCGAACAAUGCACUCCUCAGAUGCCGACAAGUCGCGCUAUCGCGUAUACGUCAUCAAGGCAUCCAAAAUGUAAAUAUAAUAUACUCGAACUCUACAAGCUCUCUACAGGCGCUUGUAAUGUAUUGGGUACGAAACAAAGCCACAAUGCAAUGUCACCAAGAUCAAGUUGCAGCUCCCGCUGCACUGCAGUCCAGUCGGCGAUCGCGAGCAGGCGGAAGACUUAUUGGAUUGGAUUGGAUUGGAUUCAUUGGAUUGGAUUGGGACAGGCUUCUACCACGUCUUCACCGGCAGCACAGGUGUGCCACCCGACACCUUCAACAGUCUCAUGUUUUUAAGGACUAUUGAAAAUACAUUUCUGAC